AUGGGUUGCUGCCAGACUGGACCCCAGCCGGCUGGAAAUGCUGUCGGAGGCUCCGCGAGUGGCUUCGCGAGCAAUCUGUCAGAUUUCAAGGACAUCGACGCUGUUGUGGCGGUGACGCAGGCCAGUGUGAAUGCCACAAUGAUGAUGUACCUGUCUAAGGCCCAGCUGCAUGAAAUCCUGAAGUGCUACGCCUACAAGCCUCACUCCAAGGGUGAGAUCGUGGAGGUCGACUACAAGACCCUCGUGGAUCAGGCCGGUGGUUCGGACCCCUUCAGCUUGACCGACGGUGCUGACCAAACUGACAAGAACGUGGUCAACUUGGCCAAAGUCGGGUUUGUUGGAGCCUUCAAGGCCAAAGGUGGCUUGCCCCGAAUGCCCCUGGCCAAUUUACCGCCCAUAGUCACUCUGGGCAAUCAUUCGGACAGUCCGGUCUCCUUCAACUUGACGUCCUCCGAAUUCCAGAUAUGUGGCCUCACGUACGCUGGCUUCGACCAGGCUGUCGCGAUCAACAAGAUCCAGCCUUCAGGUUCGAGUGCGAAAACCGCGUGGUACUACAACUUUUUGGUGGACCUCACCUUGAAUACUAUCAACCCCAACGCCCCAGUCCCGAACGAUGUGCGAGAACGCAUGAAGCAGUUCAUACAUGAGUUUGGUCCUAACUCUUUCAGCAUGCGGAAGCUUUUCCUGGAUCUGGAGACAGCAUCGCUCGUAGCCAACCCAGUGAUCAAGGGUGUCACAGACAACACCGACUUCGGCCCUGCGUGGGCGAUGAUGUCUAAGAUCUUCACAGGAGCCUACUUCAGCCAAUUGCGCCAGACGGGCAACCCCAUCUUCGGCUACUCCGUCACGUCGAAGGUUGACCCGACGCCGUCCUCUACGGUUGCAUUCCAGUCACUGGCUUAUUCCACAGCACCAUACCUGGUCGGCGGCCGGGAAACUCACAGCCCCGCCUCUUGCUUGGCAUACAAUCUCUCCACAAGAGCAACGCCUCCUGGCACCCAGCCCUUUACAUGGAAUUGGGUGGAGGCCAAUGAUGUGAGCCAGAUAUCAGGAGUCCUGUCAGUGCGACGCAGCUUUAUUGCAAGCUACCUCACACAGCAAGCGGCGUCCCCCAGCAGGUGGCUUUGCUUUGACACCUCCUGCACAACACAUCAUGAUGGAGAGACUUUCUACAUAUCCACCGGAUUUCACUAUGCUGCGCAUCCAGCCAGAUUCGCCGCUCUACACACCCCAACACCAGUGAGGGACGGGGGAAUGAAGACUCACACACUAUCCUUCGCCCACAAAGCCGGUGAUGAGUCGGAGAACUCAUCGCACACUGUUAGCAUCUUCAUGGAUUUCAACUAUCAGCUUGAUGGAGAUAUCGUUAUCCGGGGAACCCAGAUCAUCAUCACCGUGACGGCAAAGGUUGCAAUGGGCUUUCAUCACCAUGAGCUGGGUGUGCACUACACCGACCUCCCAUUGAGGGACUACUACUACAAGACAAAGAUCGUCACACUUGACCUGGCCGUCAGCGAUGACGGCAAACUCACCGCGACUCAACACAUGACCGUCCACAACAACUCCGCGAGUUGGGACUUCCAUGCGAAAGGGAUCGAAGGUCUUUCUGGCCUCGAGGGCUAUCUGAAGAAGGGCUUGUCAGAUGCUCAGGGCGGUGUGGACAGGUUUCUCAAGGCUGCGUUCGAUGCCUUUGCAGACAACUUGGCAGACAACUUCAACCAGUAUCAUCAGUGGGUCUUUCCCGGUGCCGACACCUUUGUCAUGUCUCACGUCUUCUUCUCUCACAGCUGUGACCUGGUGACUCAGUUGAGGUAUGCGACCCCAAGCAUGAACGGUUUGGUUGAUGAGGCGAAGCAGAUGAUCUCGCCUGUGAUGCAGCCAACGCCGCCUGUCGUAGAGGAGGUCACCUACGACAUUGCAGCCUCUGCAGAGCUCAUGACGAACUACAUCCAGUCGGACAUCCUUCAGCCACAGAAAAAGUUUCAGGCGCUGCAGACAGAUGCAGGACUCGGGCUCCUCUUCAUGAUCGGCACGGAAGACUUCAACGUUGUCGUGGAGGAGUCAGGGAAGACCAUGCAUGGCUGGACACUGCGCAACUUGUCAGAGAAGCUCAUCAAGCAGAGCUUCCCAAAGGGGGGGACCGUGAGCACUUUUGGCGUCUCGCAGGCGGCCGGGAAGGGCACGUCGAGGGAGAUCCAUGUCGCAAUGUGCGUCGAAGCAGAGGGCACCUCCAACUUGUACCUGAGUCUCCACAACUCAGAUGUGGACCUUAGUUGGACAAAGGAUAUCCCGUGGCUGCAUGCACCCUUCAACGCGGUGGACAGCUCUGGCAAGCCCGUGCCAGUGCCUCAGCCGCUGAGCAUUGCGAACAUCAUGCUGAGCCAGGCCUCUGAUGGCGAGCACAUUGUUGUGGAUAUCCUGCGGAACCAGGAAGCAGCCCAGCCACUUCUAGAGCGCUACUGGAUAGAUGUGAGCAAGUCGCAGCCUCUGUGGAAGAAGCACCAAAUGGCCGCUGACUUCGAGGCUUCGACCUACCAGUCUACUCUGGGCCGGGCCAAGGGGGACUUCGUGGACGGGAUCUACACCAUGGGCCAGGUGAACCGCGUUGCGCAGCUGGUCUACGCGCCCCUCUAUGGCUUCGACCCCCUUGUUCCGCCGCCCGUCUCCCGACUGCGGCUCCCUGAGGAUCUGGUGCCCGACGCCAUCGCCGCAGCGCGGCACAGCAACGGAGACGACGACUCUGACUUGUACGUCGCCUCGCAUGGAGGCCUUUACUACUUCGCCGCCGGCAACCAGGGCAACGAUGCCGUGGCAACGAAGGUCGUCUCAGAGCCCAGUCUCCUGGCCGGCGUUAAGAAGCUCUUUGCGGCAGAGGAGAAAGGUGUCGUCACCGUUUGGGGUCUGAAUGGCAGCAACCAGGUCUUUUACCUCACAUGCAAGACGGACGAGGUUACGGACUCUGAUGCUUGGAGCGUCCCACUGCCUAUCCUCACCAGUGUUGAUGCAGUCUCGCCCUAUGUAGAUCGCAAAUUCCUGGCAAACACCUUCUUUGCUCACACGGGCACUAGCUUGAGGAAGUACAUCAAGACGCCUGGCACGGGGCUUUGGACAUCGAAGAGCAUAACGUUGCCACCAACGAGCUACAAGCAGGACUCGCGAUCCAUUCAGAGCUUCACCACAGAGCUCAAGGUGACAAACCAGACGACAGGCAUGACAGCUGCCAACGUAGCAGUUGAGGUGACUUCGACCACCGUGACCUCGGUAAGCAUCAACCACCUCUACUACCAGGUGGGCCCUCAGCCGGUGACGGUGCAGACAGACCAGGAUGGGACCAUCACCAUCGUGGAGUUGACCAACAGCUUAGUGGCAACUCGCUUUCACGUUGCCAUUGCGACCAACAUGCUGGGACUGGGAGGCCCUAAACCCCUACAAGUGAAUCCCAUGGACGCUGCCUUCAAGCGCAAUUCUGCACUGAAUAGCAAGGACAAGUUGCGAGGUGCCAAGGUCACGGACAUGCACGGUACUCAGAAGCCGUGGAUCCCGCCAGACACGCCUGAUGACACCCUGGACCAGAUCGCCAAGCUCAACAAGAACCUAGACGAAGCGAGCAAAGACGUGGGGAACUCGGCCUUGCCCCUGGCGCCGCGCAGGCUUGCGCACACCCGCAGCACUGCGAAGCUGAAGGUGUCAGGGAUAGACCUCGAUCUAAGCUCGGCCAGGAUGGUGGAUAUUGGGGACCUCUUCAAUGCUUUGGGGUGCGCAUUCAAGGCGACGAUCAAGUUUGUCAAGGAUGAGAUCUCAGGUGCUUGGCACAUAUUGGCGAUUAUUGAGGGCAAGAUCUAUGCGGCUUUGAUGGACACCCUCGAAGCGAUCGGCGGCGCUAUUCAGUGGGUCUAUAACCAGAUAAAGAUGGCCAUUGAGUGGGUGAUUCUGUUCUUGGAGUUCCUUUUCGGUUGGCAGGACAUCCUGGUGACGCAUCGGGUGAUCAAGAAGUUCAUCUCGCUGACUGCCUCGGAGUUCAUCGAUGACUUAGCCUCGGCCAGGGCUGCCACGAAGAAGGCGCUCGAUGACUUCAGGAAGAACAUCGCCGAGUUUACAGGCGUGAAGCCGGGCCUGAGGAUGACCGGCGCCGAGGCACUCAAGACCCCGGAUCCCAGCGCCAAGCAAAGUGCCCCGGGCCACUUGGGCAAGCAUCACUUCAAGGGCAAUGUGACCCGCGCCUCCGCACCCAAGAAAGUGGACUUGGAGGGGGUUCCAUCGGCUCUGCAGUCGCUGGUGAAGCUGUGUGAGUCGGCGGAAGAGAGCGUGGAAGGUGCUGCGCAGCGACUCAGGACCCAAGUGCUUGAGGAGUUUAGCCACUUAGACCUCACGACAGUCAUGGAGCGAAUUGCUGGCAUCAUCUCCAUCGCUCUUGUUGACGGCGCCGAGGGCAUGAUCUUAGAGCUCUUCACUGCUUGUGAGACCUUUGUUGGCCAGUUGAUGGGCAUGCUGGAUCACACCAUUGACAUCCCUGUAAUCUCUUGGCUCUAUAAGCUCUUAACUGGAGAAGAUCUCUCCCUCCUUGACCUUGCGUGCCUGAUUGCAGCUAUCCCAACCACUGUCUACUACAAAGCCCUGAUGGGCCAUGCCCCCUUCUCGACGAGCGACGCGUGCACGGAGCGCAUGCUGAAUGCAAAGACGGUUCGGGACUGGAACAAUGCCCCUUACGAUCAGCAGCCCUUGGAAGGUGCACUUCUGAGUCAUGACCCAGCGAAGAGGAAGGCAGCGCAGGCCCUGGCGCUCGGCGCUGGAGCCAUGGCCGGGAGCGUCAUCCGGCUCUUUUGCACCGCGGUCCGAAGGGAUAUGCAGAAGGACGACACGUUCAGUGACGGUGAGAUUAAGCUCAUGGAGUCGUUCCGGUGGGUUGGGAGUAUGGUCGCUUCUGCACCUGCCUUGAAUGUGAAUAUGUUUGAUAAGGUGCCUGACGCGAAAGAGUGGUAUGUUGGCAUGAGCAAGGUCCUCACUGCUUGGGGUAAGGUGCUGGGUUUCGUGCAGAUUUUCUAUGUCACCAACAAGAACGAGAUGAUUGGCAAAGCGUUCGCCACGCUGUCAACCACCGGAAGCCUUUUGAAGCUCAUCCCCCACGUCGUGACACCAAUCGAGGAGAACGACUGGUCAGCCCACAUCGUCUUGAAGACCUUGGGCAAGGUGAGCAAUGACUGCGGCGGCAUUCUGAGUUUACCUCAACAGCUGACACCAUCUCCCGGCAAAGAGGAGCUGUUCUCUUACGAGUGCAUGUUUCGAGUGAGCUACGGCGCGCUGAUGAUUCUCUACCCUUGCACUUGGUUGGCAGGGGCUUGA